ACGUCCAAAAAAACUCUUCAAGACAUAGAAAAAAAUAUGGAAAAUAUUCGGGAUCCAGAAAAAGAUUGGCUUUCAAAGGACUGAUCUUCAAGGUUGGCGAGUUUGUGAAGGUAGUGCCUCCCUGCAUGGAACUCUGUUAUGAACACGUGACUUAGACCUUUGGUCAAUCGGAAUAAACACGCUGAAGCAAGUACUACACCCUUCAAAAAAGACCUAGAAAGAAUCAAUAAGCUGUGAAGGAAACCUUAAGUCAGAAAUAAGAAACGAAACAGCCGUAUUGUCUAUCGGAUUGGACUUCUAAUUCCUGUACAUAGAUGAGCAUUAGUGUAUACUGAUGGAUGCAAAAGAAUGAAGAAUAUUUUGGGAUUUUAUGUCAUCGUGCUUGCCUUUUGCGGGUUUGAAUCCGCCAUGAACGUCAAUGAUGAACCAGACUUAUGCGCGUCUCUGUGCUCAGAUCUUUCCAAUGGUUUCCCAGAGGAAAAUCCUAAAAAUUCAGACCUAAACAAGAUUUUACAAGACAGCUUGGUAGAAAAAAAGUGCGACUGCAGUAACAUCAAUAAAUCAGACUUAAAGAGAAAGAGGAGGUCUGUUGCUACAAGCAGCGUACCAAAACCAACGAUAUCAAUUGGGAACCAAACAAAUGAAAAUAGUGCUAACGAAAAGAACAAUGUCACAGAGAACAAUGACAAAGACCAAGGUGAAAUACCUGGAUUCAGUCCCAACAAAGGCAUUAAGUUUGUGAAUCCUUCACCUUACUGUAAUUACACCGUACGAGAAGGUCAAAACAAAAGGAAAACAAAAUAUAUAAAAUCUAUUGACGUGGCUUUUACAGAUCCUGCUCAAGGUUCCUUCAAUGUCUCUUGGGAGCCUCCUAAAGCAGAUCUUGAUAACGUUACUGAUUUUCUGGUCUUGUGGAACAGCCAACCAAAACCUAACGAAUUACCAGACUUUGAUAAGAACUUUGUACACUGCAAGGCAGUUCCCAAGAAUCAAAGCUUUGCUAUUAUCCAAGAAAAUACUGGCUGGGAAUACCCCCAAAAACUCUAUCUUACCGUUGUAACGAUUCCACAAGGUCUAUAUGGAUCGCUUAUCGACUUACAAACCUUCAAUCCAAUGGGUAAUCCCAUCAUUGUUCCCGUUCCUCCAAAGAAAUAUGGGAAAGAUGUUACUCUACAAACAGGAUCAAUAGCUGGAGGUGUCAUAGCAGGAGUUGCCUUCAUUACUGUCCUGUUCGUCCUACUGUAUCGUAGGAAAUGUGUACAUUCAGAAACCCCUGAUAACGAAAGUAAGUAUCACAUCCUUCCAGUCAUUGAUCUUAAAAUAUAUACGUCAAUCAUCUAUUUUUUUCUUCCUUCCAUCCAUUCAUCCAUCCAUCCAUCCCAUCCAUCCAUCCAUCCAUUCAUCCAUCCGUCGGUCCGUCCAUCAAUCCAUCCAUCCAUCUACCUCUCCAUCCAUUCCUUCCUUCCUUCCACCAUCCUUCCAUCCACACCACAGUCCGUUGAACCACCCCAUCUAUCCAUGCAUCUCUCUCAUGUUGUUACUAUUUUUGAUCUUAUCUUAAUAGUUGGCAUYACAAUUCCAUUUGCAAAUAACGCUGAUGGACUUCCAAAGAUCUUAAAUGAUUCCAAACCAAAAAACGUCGACAUCUACUUUGGAUCGUAUCUUCCUGAAAGCGAGAAAUACGCCAAUGAGGUUGCGACCAUCGCAAGCAUGCUGCGCGCGCAUGGUUACCGCGUCAUAUUCGACCAAGUAGACUCCGUUGAGCUUAACAGUAUGGGAUUCAACUUAUGGGUUGAGAAGCAAAUCCUCGAGGCUAAAAAAUAUAUCGUAUUUUGCUCCCCUGGCUACUUAAAGCUCUGGCAAACAUUAGCAACCAAUGUUCAAGACGACAAGCUAAAUCACAUUAAUAAGGAAGAUCUAGUGCGCGUGCGUUACGAGAUCAAACGUAUCACCGAUAUCUACUCGGAAUCGUGUUCAACGUCGAAAAUAAUCUGCAUCAAAAUGGAUCAAAAAUUGAACAUGAAGUCUUUACCACCAUGGAUGAACCACAAUAUGUUAUUAUGGCCUGAACAAAAGUAUGACAUCAUACGAAGACUGAAUGACCAAGCAGCUAUGAUUAUGGAUCUGUAAGCAUGACUUAUCAUCGUUAGACACUUAACUUGCAACGCAGUC